AUGGCACUGCAUAUCGAUCCUCAUCGGGAUAUCCCCCCACAGCCCAGCAAUGCUGAGGAUACGGGGGACCUGCGGUUUACCGUAUCCAAGCGCGCGCUACUACGCACCACUGCCGAAUGGACCAGUAUCCUUGGUGUCUGCAAGACUUGGCAAGCCAUCGCGCACAAGACGUUCGGCCUUUGGAGAUCAUCCGCCCUCCGUGGGAACGCGGAAUGGCCUAUGACGUCCGUUGCGGGCGGAGCAGGCCAUAACACUGGCUCUAGCCCUGCGCGAGUAUUGGACAUCUACGUCUUCCUCGACGCAAGAAAGACCCCUCCGUUCACCUUUCACGAGACCCUCACGAUACACGCCUCCCACAUCAACUCGCUUACCUUCAUAUAUGCGUCCCCCCUCGUACGUUGGUACCAUCCCCGUGUCGUUGACCCUUGGGACCGGUUUCAGCUGCAGCUGCUCUCUGGCGCCGUCGACGACUUUGGCGUACCAACGGUGUGCAUUUACGACACUACCAUCACUUUCGAUGAGAGCCCAUGCCCUUUCUCCUUUCUGGACACCGCAAGUUCAAUUCAGUCCCUCUCGAUGAACAACACCUCGCCUCCCUGGACUCGUUCAAACAACCUCCCGGCGUUCUGCUCCCAACUGCAGUUUCUGGAAUUCGGGAGUUUCCGGCGUGGGACCAAGACAUUGGGAUUCUACCAUCUUCUCCCAUAUCUCGAGAGCAUCUGGCUCCGCAGCGUAGAUCGGGUCCACCCCACCCUUCUCCCACACCUGAAACUGCCGUCUCUCAACCGCGUCCACAUGGUCGAGAACGCGAGAGCAGCAGCAUCCGCGACGUCUUCCCUCCCACUUGCGGACGUCGACCACCUGCUCAUCCAACGCUCCAACGACGCGCACUCCAUCGAACUCUUCAAACUCCCGGAAGGCCUGCCCCGGAUAUCCCUGCGCAUGGCCCGGGAAGGCCUCGACGCGACCCGACGCGCGUUCCACAGAAACCUCUCCCCCGCCCUGCGCUCCAUCGCGCGCGUCGCCCCCGGGCUCCCGCUCACCGCCCUCCUCCUCGACCUCCCGCACGCGCUCCGCGUGCGCCCGGACGCCUGGGGCGCGCUCCUCCGCGCGCUCCCGCUCCUGCGGACGCUCGUCCUCGGGCGCGACGCGUCCGCCGCCGUCGCGCCGCUCGCGGAGGACGACGCGCUGUGCGCGUAG